AUGGUGGUUGAGGACAUGAAAAGUAGUGUGGAAGGUGGUGGUGAUGGUGAGUGUAGCCAUGCUUAUUUUGAAUUAGUGGGAGUGACUGGGGAAGAACCGAAUAUGACCCAUAGCAGAUUAACACAGAGAGUUAGAGGGGGCAAAAUGUCUAGGCUGCACCAAAAUGGGUCAUCUAAAUCAGUGAAGAGAAUUGACUUCAAAUUCUCCCAUUUAAAGGCCUUCCAGGUGCCGAAGGGGUGGGACAAGCUGUUCAUUUCUGUUAUCUCUGCAGAAAAUGGCAAAACAAUUGCAAAAUCAAGCAGAGCACAAGUGCGCAAUGGAGGCUGCCAAUGGGGGGAUUCUAUUUCAGAAUCCAUAUGGGUUCCAAAAAAUAGUUCUUCCAAGGAGAUAGAAGAUUGUGUCCUCAAGCUUGUUGUUGCCACGGGAUCACCAAGAUCUGGCAUCCUUGGAGAAGCUACAGUAAGUGUGACCAAUUACAUGAGUUCAAGUGCUGCUGUUCCGCUUUCAACCCCACUCAAUAAGUGCAACCAUGGGACAAUUUUGCAUGUGAGUGUCCAGUGUCUCACACCAAGAGGACAAUUAAGGGUUCAAGAAUCAAGAGAGAGAUACCAAACAAAGGCUCUGAAUGCGGACAAUGAUGAUGCAACUAUUGAGUCUAAUGGAUCUAAUCAUUCAUAUGUACAGAAUGUUGGAUCUCCCUCCAUUGGAGAUUUGGUCUCUGCCUCUGCUCCUCCAGAAGUUGAGAGUAGGGUAAGAUCACAAAAUUUCUAG